AGGACGAGAGUUUCAGCAGAGGAGAACAGGGAAAUGAAGUUGUCAGACAGGCCAGCCAAGCAACUCUCGUUUUACAACUAGGCAGCUAGCAAGUUAGGUAACAGACGAUCACGAGAGGAGAGAUUUAGAUGAAAUAUCACCGCUAUGAAGGUCGACCGUCUGAGCAACUUGUAGCUACAGUUGAAACACGUUAAACAACUGCGGCCACAGAUCUCAGAUAACGUUACGGACUGUUCAAAUUAGCGUUACAGUGGAAAAAAGAAAGUGGGGACAACUUGCUAGCCUGCUAGCUAACCUUUAGCCACCGAGCCUCCUUCAGCUUCAAAACUAGAGUUCAGUCGAGAUUUGGGCUCGGAUCACCAGUCUGCAGCCAUGCCUUUUCCUUUUGGCAAGUCUCCGAAGUGUCCAGGUGAAACAGUGAGGAAUUUGAUGUGCCAAAUGACAUGCUUGGAAAAGCUGGAUGCUGGAGACAGCAAAAAGUUUGAAAAGGUUGUAGAAGAGGUGUCCAAAAACCUGGUUUCGCUGAAGGAGGUACUGAGUGGAACAGGUGACAAGGAGCCUCAAACCGAAGCAGUGGCUCAGCUUGCACAAGAGCUGUACAACACCAACCUCCUAAUUUCUCUCAUUGCAAACCUGUCAAAGAUUGAUUUUGAGGGGAAGAAGGAUGUGGUUCAUGUGUUCAGCAACAUCGUGAGACGUCAGAUUGGCACCCGUACUCCCACGGUAGAAUACAUCUCUACGCAACAACAGAUUCUCUUCAUGCUUCUGAAAGGAUAUGAGAGUCCAGAAGUGGCUCUGAACUGUGGAAUGAUGCUGAGAGAGUGCCUGCGUCACGAGCCUUUGGCACGGACGGUGCUCUUCUCUGAAGACUUCUACUCUUUCUUCCGUUACGUGGAGCUGUCAACCUUUGACAUUGCCUCAGACGCUUUUGCCUCAUUCAAGGAUCUCCUCACAAGACACAAGAUUAUGUGCGCAGACUUUCUGGAAAACAAUUAUGACAGGGUGUUUACAGAAUAUGAGAAGCUGCUGCAUUCUGAGAACUACGUCACCAAACGACAGUCUUUGAAGCUGCUUGGAGAACUUCUCCUGGACAGACACAACUUCACUGUCAUGACGAAAUACAUCAGUCGGGCAGAGAACUUGAAGCUGAUGAUGAAUUUGCUAAGAGACAACAGCCGAAACAUCCAGUUUGAAGCGUUCCAUGUGUUUAAGGUUUUCGUUGCAAACCCCAACAAGACUCAGCCUGUGCUGGACAUCCUGCUGAAGAACCAGACCAAAUUGGUGGACUUCCUGAGCCACUUUCAGACCGACCGAUCGGAGGAUGAGCAGUUCUGUGAUGAGAAGAACUAUCUGAUUAAACAGAUCCGGGACCUGAAGAGGCCCACGGCUCCAGAGGAAGCCUAAAGCGGCAGAGACGACUGUUCCAUCAGGUGGUAGAUGUACAGGUGGUGGCUGGAGCUGCAGAGAGAGUCUAAAAGACAUGCUUCAUUAAUAUUAACUACAAAAUAUAGGAGAAAAAAAAGUAAAGAUUACUUCCUUCACUUUCUGUUUUUUUUAGUGUGGAUAUGGAGGUGAUUUCCAUCCAGCAACCUGAGUGGGCCAAGAACUGUUAUUUAAACCAUAGUGCUUCUUCUUUAGCGGUAAUGAAAUGCAUUUAGUCCGUUCUUGUAAUGUUGGACCUUACACUGUUACCCUUCCACAUACGUUGUUGCUGGCUGAGACCUUAGAAUGAUAAAAACAUCACCCCAUUCACACCCAACAUGUGUUCUUGAAAGUCUUUCUCAGAAACGUGUCUAUAUUUUAGAGACUGAGACACUGAAGAGAAGUAAAUAUAUUAUUUUUCUAAUGUAUCUUCAUGGUAAACAGUUUAAAACAUA